AGCCUUCCGUCGACCACGACCACCAUUUAAUAUGGCCACCUGUUAAGCUGCGGCGCACGGAUUAAUGGUUUAGUCAACAUCCUACGCAGCAUCCCAAGCUUGCUUCGCUGCAGGGUCUCGGACAUAGCACAUAGCAGAUAGUAAAUGGCGAGUUAAAUGUUUGCUAAUCUGCCCAACGAAAAUCAGAACAGAACCUCCGAGCUCCAGCUAUACAUACACUAACAAUGUCCAGCUACAAGCCACUUGUCCUCCUCAUCGGUGCUACCGGCCAAACUGGCAGCAGCAUUCUCAAGGGACUGCUAGACUCCGGCGCUGUCCGCGUAGCGGCGCUCGUCCGUCCUUCAUCCAUCUCUAAGCCCUCGACCGAAGUCCUUCGCACCUCUGGCGUCGAGAUUCGUGCUGGCGACAUCAAAGACAGCGUCGACAGCCUCAAGAAGACUCUCGAGGGCGUCGAUGUCCUCAUCAGCGCCGUCGGAGGCCCCGCCCUCGGCGACCAGAAAGACGUCGUGCUCGCCGCCGAGGAGGCUGGGGUCCAGCGUGUCGUCCCAUGUGAUUUUGCUACACCCGGUGCGAAGGGCGUACGUGGCGUGGCUGAUAUCAAAUUCGGCAUCCGCGAGUACAUCCAGUCGCUCGGCGUCGGGUACACUUUCAUCGAUGUCGGUUGGUGGGCACAGCUCUACCUCCCGUUGCCUCUCCGCAGCAAUGCGCCCGCCCAGGUGAAGGCGGGGACAUGGCUCAUCUGCAAGGAUGGAUCGGCGAAUAACCUCGUGAUCGACAAGGGCCAUAUCGGGACGUUCGUGGCACGCAUCAUCACCGACCCACGCACGUUGAACAAGGCGGUGAUCGCCUGGGACGACGAGGUGACGCAGAUCGCGGCGCACGAGAUUGGGGAGCGCGUCUCUGGAGAGGGCGAAGAGCUCAAGAAGCAACGCAUCUACCUCAAAAGAGGUGACUACCUCGCCAGCGCUGCCGCCGCCAAGGACGAGGUUGCGAAGGACCCGACCAACGUCGGUGCCUAUAUCAAAGUUGCGAUGAGUGAGUAUGGCCACAGUCUGUAUGUUCUGCAGGAGAACACGCUCGAGAACGCCAAGGCGCUCGGCUACCUCGAUGCGAGGGAGCUCUACCCUGAUAUCCCGAAGUUCACGCUGGAGGACGUGGCGAAAGACUUCUAUGCAGAGGCGGAGCCGGGAGAUAUUUACACUGCUUACGGGUGAAUGGGCAAGCAAGCAGGCCAAUGCGAUGGUAGAAUUUGCCGAUGUUAUGUUGGAAUCCUGGCGUCGAGAUGACGAGCUCGCGGAACGAGCGCCACAGGUCCCGGAUACCCGCGCCCUUAUCUACCCCUAUUUA